AGGGUAUGCAUGAACCCAGGUAAACUCGCAGUGAUAAUAGACAUGUAUAUAUAUGCAUACCUUUAUGACAACCUGGCCAGUCAUUGAAUGGGGAUCAUAAUGUAGAUAUACAUGUGACUAAUGUAUACUCCGUCGAGGGUGUGUAAAUAACAAACGUCGAGGAUGGCAAACUAUUUGCCUGUGUUUACAGUGUUACUUUUGAGUUUAUGUGAACUACAGGCAAAGUCAUGUGACAAAAAGACGUCCUGUUCGUGUAAGUCUAGUGAUGGGGUAUUGGAUCUCAAGCCAGGAGCAAUAAAAGGAACAAAAUUCCAAGACGUUGCAUCAUCAGACGGAAGUCUCUACUCCUAUAAUCCAUGUUACAGCUUUGACGAAACAGACCCAAGUUUGCCGCCACAGUUUGACAACUGUAAAUCCGUAGCGGCGUGUCAGCUUGUUCCCGCUGGGGUUGGAGGUACACCUCAACUGUACGACAUAGGCACUCAGGCCAGCGCAUCGUUCAGCUACAAGGAUGGAGCGUCCAUAGACCAGCCAAAACUCGGAGAGGUCCUCACAGUUACCUACCUGGCAGCGGACAACGCGAGGUCGACGACUGUUAUUCUCCAAUGUGACCCAACAGAAGACUUCCUUCCUGUUGGCGAAAUACAGAGUUCCACCCCACCAGUAUACGUUUUUGUAUAUUCCUCCCCUAAUGCCUGUUUCAAGCCUUCAGGAUUAAGCGCAGGAAGUGUUUUACUAAUAAUAUUUAUAUGUUUAAUUGCCGUGUACCUGAUAGGAGGGGUAUUAUUUAACAAACUAAAAAGGGGAAAUAGUGGUAAGGAUCUAAUACCACAGCGUCAACUCUGGGUCUCCCUCCCGGGUAUGAUCAAGGAUGGCGUUUUCUUCGUGGUGAAGAGAGGACAAUAUCACCCAAUCAAAUGAUGCUGUGUAAACAUGUUAUUUCUAUAUCAACGAUUCCAAGAAAGUGUGCAACUGAGAGGGAAAAUAGCUACAGGAAAAGGAUCAAUUUAAAGGAGGAAGUAAUUGUUCUUCUUAUAAGGGAGAUAACUCGUGCAUGACUAUUUUCUGUAUUACUUCCCUUAGACCAAAAACGAACAUUUCAAUAUCUGUUAAAUAUUUAAUUACACAUUUUUUUCUUUUUUCUUUUUUUUAAAUUUAUUUUAAGUUUUUGAUUUGGAAUGACAAAAGAGUAAGAUACAAUGGGUGACACACGUUUGAAAUGUGGCAUUCUAUUAAACCAUGCUUAAAGUUUUGCACAUUUAAGUGAUAAAGUUGUCAAAAUCGUUCAUGCCCAGGGGCGUAGGAAACCCGGGGCCUGCCAGGAAUUUUUCACCAAUUUUGAAAUCUCGAGGGUGAAAUUUCACUAUCUUACACUCUUGUUCCGGAAAGAUAAUUUUUUCUCUCAUUCCAAAUUCCAGAUUAACUCAGAAACAAAAAAGCGCGACGCAAUUUCCGCAUCACGAUAUUGGUUUGUUCCAAUUCAUUUUGGUGACGUCACGUCAUUGUUGUCCCCUUGUGACGUCAAGCAAGUGAACUGGGUUGUACGACAACAUGACAUACCACCUUUCUUAAACUGGUCAGUUCUGUCACAUACGUAAAGGAAAGAACGAAAGCAACGUCCUGAUCUUUUCUAUCGAUAUGCUGUAUAGUUUAACGUUUAAUGAAUUGCCACGUUAGCACACCAGCAAUCUCAUGCAAAACAGAAUUUCUAUUUUUGUGUGUGAAUAACAUGUUUAAAUCAAUGGCAAUACACUUAAAUUUUACAAUUAUUCGUAAAAAGCAGAUAGAUUCUGUCCAAGAUAAGAACUUUUAAUUUAAAAUAAAAAAUUGAAAACCUGUACCUCAAUUUUUUUUUUCAAAUAUUUUGUUUAGAUAGCAAUGUAUAUAAGUCAAACCCGGGCUUGGCCUACGGAAUAUUGUGUUUGACAGUGUUUUACCCUGGUGAGAUGGUGAGCGCGGGUUCGAAUCUCGUCUUUCAAGGCAACUUGUACACUUACCGCACCUUUGAACAGAGUUUUAAGAUGAUUUCAUUGUAGAUUGUGUUCAUUUCAGGACAGUUCUUGAUAAAAUAAUAGCUUUUCCGCCACUCAGUUU